AUGGCACCUUCCAGCCCCCCACAGCGCACAAGAAUGCCCUGCUACAGUUUUCCGGGGAACCAGACGCUGCUGAGCUCAAAGGCCUCGAGAGCCACAGGCACCGCCUUUCUGCUGCUGGCGGCACUGCUGGGGCUGCCGGGCAACGGUUUCGUAGUGUGGAGCUUGGCGGGCUGGCGGCCCGCAGGGGGGCGACCACUGGCGGCCACACUCGUGCUGCACCUGGCGCUGGCUGACGGCGCGGCGCUGCUGCUCACGCCGUUCUUCGUAGCCUUCCUGAUGGGGCAGGUUUGGCCGCUGGGCCUGGCGGGCUGCAAGGCCGUGUACUACGUGUGCUCGAUCAGCAUGUACGCCAGCGUCCUGCUCACCAGCCUGCUCAGUCUGCAGCGCUGCCUCGCGGUCACUCGCCCCUUCCUGGCGCCCCGGCUGCGCAGCCGGGCCCUGGCUCGUCGUCUGCUGCUUGCCGUCUGGGUGGCCGCUCUGCUGCUCUCCAUCCCAGCAGCCGCCUACCGCCAUCUCUGGCCUGAUGACGUGUGCCAGCUGUGCCACCCGACGUCGAAUCACACCGCGGUCCAUCUUGGCCUGGAGACCCUGACCGCCUUCGUGCUUCCCUUCGGGCUGGUGCUCGGCUGCUAUGGCCUGACGCUGGCGCGGCUGCGGGGUGCCCGCUGGGGCGCCAGGCGGCACCGGACACGGGUGGGCCGGCUAGUGAGCGCCAUCGUGCUCGCCUUCGGCUUACUCUGGGCCCCCUACCACGUGGUCAACCUUCUGCAGGCAGUCGCUGCGCUGGCUCCGCCCGAAGGAAGCUUGGCGAGGCUCGGCGGGGCAGGCCAGGCUGUGCGGGCUGGAGCUACAGCCUUGGCCUUCUUCAGCUCCAGCGUCAACCCCGUGCUCUACGUGUUCACCGCCGGGGACCUGUUGCCCCGGGCAGGUCCCCGUUUCCUUACGCGGCUUUUUGAGGGCUCUGGAGAGGCCUUAGGGGGUAGCCGCUCAAGGGAGGGGACCAUGGAGCUCCGAGCUACCCCUCGGCUAAAAGUGGUGGGUCAGGGCCGGAGCAAUGGAGACCCUGGGAGCAGGGUGGAGAGGGACACUCAGGGAUGGGACCUUUGACACCAAAC